AUGGCCUCCAAAACCCGGCCCGCGCUCCCGCCCAUAGUGAUGGACAACGUCCUCCAACAGAUCGGCAACACGCCCCUCAUCCGCCUGAACAAAAUUCCCCAAUCGCUGGGCAUCGAAUGCACCGUCUACGCCAAAAUGGAGAUGUUCAACGCCGGCGGCAGCGUCAAAGACCGCAUCGCGCUGCGCAUGGUCGAAGAAGCCGAGCGCGCCGGCCGCAUAAAACCGGGCGACGUGCUCAUCGAGCCCACAAGCGGGAACACGGGCAUUGGGCUCGCGCUCGUGGGGGCCGUGAAAGGGUAUCGCACAAUCAUCACGCUGCCGGAGAAAAUGAGCCCGGAGAAGGUCGCGGUGCUGAGGGCGCUGGGGGCGGAGAUCAUUCGUACGCCUACGCAGGCGGCGUUUGAUUCCCCGGAGAGCCAUAUUGGGGUUGCGAGGAGGCUGCAGAAGGAGAUUCCCAACGCGCACAUUUUGGAUCAGUAUGGGAAUCCGGAUAACCCGCUCGCGCACGAGUUGGGCACGGCCGAGGAGAUCUGGGCGCAGACAGAGGGGAGGGUUACGGCGCUGGUGGCGGGCGCGGGGACGGGAGGGACCAUCACGGGCAUUGCCAGGGGGCUGAGGAAGCAUAACAAGGAUGUCAAGAUUAUUGCGGCGGAUCCGCAGGGCAGCAUUCUGGCGCUGCCGACGCAGCUGAAUGAAGAUUUCAAGGAUAAGCCGUACAAAGUGGAGGGUAUUGGAUAUGAUUUCAUCCCGGAUGUGUUGGAUCAGGGCAGUGUGGAUAAAUGGUACAAAACUGAUGACCGAGAGAGCUUCCAGUUCGCGAGGAGACUGAUUGCGGAGGAGGGGCUGCUUGUGGGCGGGAGCUCCGGGAGCUCGAUGGCGGCAAUGGUAAAGGCGGUCAAAGAAUUGGGGUUGGGGAAGGAUGAUGUAGUGGUUGUGGUGCUGCCGGAUAGCAUAAGAAGCUAUUUGAGUAAAUUCGUCGACGAUGACUGGCUCGCCGCCAACGACCUCCUCCCGCCUUCACCACCUCUUACACCCCCCACCGAGACCCCCUCGCCAGACACCCGCCUCUCCGCCUCCGCACGCGCCAAAGACCCCUACCAUGGCGCCACGAUCGCCUCCCUCCGCCUCAAGCCCGUCACGACCGUCACAUCCGACAGCCCGUGCGCAGACGCGAUCGAGACGAUGCGAGAAAAAGGGUUCGACCAGCUUCCCGUCUCUUCACCCAAAGGCCAACGCCUCGUCGGACUCGUCACGCUGGGCAACCUACUCAGCUACAUAGGCAGCGGCCGCGCGAGCCCACAGACGCCGGUUGGCGAGAUCAUGUUUGAUUUUGGGAAGCUAAGAGAGACGGUCACGGACCCGAGUGAUGUGUUCGGCAUGAACGAUGCUGGCAAGGUGGGCAGGGAGGAGCAGCAGAAGAAGGAGAAUGUGUAUCCGGGGCAGACGCUUGAGGCGAGUGGGCAGGGGAAAGAGGACAAGAAGAAGCAGCAGGGGAAGAGCAGGAAGUUUGUGGAGAUCACAAGAGAUACUCCCCUCUCUGCGCUUUCGCGGUUCUUUGAGUGGAACAGCGCUGCUGUUGUCACGGAGAGGGUUGGCGAGGCGGGGCAGCUGAAGGCUGUAGCUGUCGUCACGAAGGUUGAUCUACUGAGUUGGCUUGUGAGACAGGGGAAGAGUCAGACCAAUGGGCAUGCGCACGGGAAAGAGUGA